UCCGUUGUCCUCUGAUCUCAUCGAGGAAUUUGGGAGAGGAAGUGGGGGAAGGAAGAAGAAGAAGAAGAACAGAAACAACAGAAAUCGCUCCAUCGUCGUCGAUUUAGAGCCCUCUUCCGCACAAGAAGGCAUUGGAUAGAUUAACGUGCCUUGUUCAUAGGCAUGCUUUGAGCUGAUCGGAUUGUGGAUGGCCUUUUCGUUACUCGUGUAUUACAAGAGUCUACGGUUUCUUGUGACGUGCCUAAGUUGGUGUCUAAAAGUUUCUUGAGGGUUACUGGAGUCCAUCAUGUCAGACAUGAAUGUUGAUGAACCUGUGAAACAAGAUGAGGAGAAUGCCAUGCCAUCAUCUCAACAAGAGGAGGUGGCGAUUAAGAAAAAGUACGGAGGAAUCUUACCCAAAAAACCACCACUCAUAUCCAAGGACCAUGAACGGGCUUACUUCGACUCAGCGGACUGGGCUUUAGGAAAGCAGGGAGGGCAUGCUCAGAAGCCCAAAGGACCAGUUGAGGCACUCCGACCAAAGUUGCAGCCUACACCUCAGCAGCAAGUACGUUCCCGUCGCUCAUCCUACGCAUCUAGCGACAAUGAAGAUGGGGGAAACCUUGUUACCGAGGACAUGAAUGAUGACGACAACAACAACAAUCAGUGAUUGCAUAUUGUGGAGGUUCAUGUAAACCUCUUAAGACUUAGUAGUUAACAUUCUUCCUUUAUGAAUUUUGAAGAGCCGAUUUUUAAGAUUUCAUGAACAAGAAACGAGGAUGUUUUUGUAUAUGGAACAAGAUAUGGCCACUGCAACUUUCUUCUGCAGCCAAGACAUAUAUCUCACUGGAGUUUGCAGUA